AUGAAAGUCUACACUCUCUUAAAACAGAUCCCGCCCGGGAAAGUAAGCACCUACAAAGCGCUCUCCACCGCGCUCUCCUCUUCCCCGCGAGCUGUCGGCGGUGCCUGCCGGAAUAAUCCGUAUGCGCCACAAGUGCCGUGCCAUCGCAUCAUUGCCUCCACCGGGUAUAUCGGCGGCUUCAUGGGCGACUGGGGCCGCGACUCACCCGCGGAGGGGCAGUGCGCGAAGAAGCUGGAGCUGCUGAAGGGGGAGGGGGUGGAGUUUGAUGGGAAGGGCAUGUUGGUGGAUAAGGGGCGGCUGUGGGAUGGGUUUACGGUUUAG